AUGGCUGCUGAACUUGGGAUUCUAUCUCAGGAACAGCAAAAACAACAACAGUCGCCACUACAACCACCAUUAGACCCUAGCUCUGUCACUGUUCAAGAUGACGACAACUCAUGGGAAGUAAGAGCAUUUGAGGAAGACACGGGCAAUGCCAUGGGCACCACUUGGCCACCAAGGGCGUAUACUUGCACCUUUUGUCGGAGAGAAUUUCGGUCAGCCCAAGCCCUAGGUGGACAGAUGAAUGUGCACCGUCGCGACCGUGCUAGGCUCCACCAAGCUCCACCACUAGCUUCCAAUAGCAACCACACUUCUUCCCACAAUGCUAAUUCAACCCUCCUAAGUCCAACUCAAGAAUUUGUUACAAAUGGUGGACUUUGUCUUCUAUACUCCUUGCCUAACCCUAAUGGUCCUGUCUUCAAUCCCACAUCAACAAAAUCUUGUAUGAAUAAUAAUUUACCCUCUACUUUUCUCUCUAUCUCUCCCUUCCCCACAAAUAAUUUGAUGUCUCCUUACCCUCCUCCUCCAUCUUUAAGCUUCCUAAUAAAUAGGCCUUCUCCAAUCAACACAUCAUUUAACAUAAGUGAACCUUUAACAUCUAACACUAGUAAUGAUAACAAUCAUGAUUAUGGUAGCAGCAAGAGGGAUUCAGCCAUUGAAGAAGAGCUUGAUCUUGAACUUUGA